UCCAGUGACAGUUGCGUCUGGGUCCAAGCAAACAUGAGGCAGCUGCCAGCACGACCAGGCAGUCUGACUUGUUCGGGCUGCAAAGCGGGAAGGCUGGUGACAGUCCCCUUCAGCAGCGGAGAUGCAGAGGGCCAAGGAAGCAAUGAAGGCGACAGAUGGCAGCCUCCUUGGAGACCCUGGGCGCAUACCGCUGAGCAAAAAGGAAGGCAUCACGUGGCAGAGGCCACGGUUCACCCGCCAGGCCCUGAUGCGUUGCUGCUUAAUCAAGUGGAUCCUGUCCAGCGCUGCUCCACAAGGCUCAGCAGUGACAGUGAACUGGAGUUGUCCACAGUGCGCCACCAGCCAGAGGGCUUGGACCAGCUGCAGGCCCUAACCAAGUUCACCAAGAAGGAGCUGCAGUCCCUUUACCGAGGCUUCAAGAACGAAUGUCCCACAGGUCUGGUGGAUGAAGACACCUUCAAACUCAUUUAUUCCCAGUUCUUCCCGCAGGGAGACGCCACCACCUACGCACACUUCCUCUUCAACGCCUUCGAUGCGGAUGGGAACGGGGCCAUCCACUUUGAGGACUUUGUGGUCGGGCUCUCCAUCCUGCUCCGAGGGACAGUCCAUGAGAAGCUCAAAUGGGCCUUCAACCUCUAUGACAUUAACAAGGAUGGUUACAUCACCAAAGAGGAGAUGCUGGCCAUCAUGAAAUCAAUCUACGACAUGAUGGGCCGCCACACCUACCCCAUCCUUCGGGAAGACGCACCCCUGGAGCAUGUGGAGAGGUUCUUCCAGAAAAUGGACAGAAACCAGGAUGGAGUGGUGACCAUUGAUGAGUUUCUGGAGACCUGUCAGAAGGAUGAGAACAUCAUGAGCUCCAUGCAGCUGUUUGAAAACGUCAUCUAGGACAUACGGGAGGGGACCCUGGGUGGUCAUUGCUUCUCAGCCUGGAGAAGCCUCAAUCCUGCCUCAUAUGAGCAGCCUCUAUGAGAAACAUGUUUCUAAUAUAUUUGCAAAAACUGAGCAGUUUACUCCCAAGACAGACACACAGACACAGUUUCUCUCUCCAUCACACACACACACACACACACACACACACACACACACACACACACACGGCUCCUCUGGCUUGGCAGAGGAGGUGGUAGCCAGAAGGCUCCCUCAGCUAUUCCCAGGUCAAUAGAUGAGGCUGCCUCCUGGGUGGCCAGCCCUGGAUGUUACCCAGAAGGAGCUCAGAGCCCAAGAGUGCCUGGUCUACAAAGCAAAAGUCCUUUGUGUUCUUCCUACCACUUGGGAGACCAGGCUACUCACUGCCCAUGGACCCAUGUCCCUAAGAAGUUCCCAGAAACCCUACAGGGGCCAGGAGGGAAGAAGUCUGAGUAGGGUAGAAAUAAUGACAGAAGCUGAGCCUGCAGCUUCAUGCUAUGCUUGUCUGGGGUCCCAGAACCGCAGUGCCAGGCCACCUAUUGUGGGGUGAGCAUAGAUCGUGAGGGACCACUGGGCUAUGUCCUUUAAGAGCACGGCAGGAUCAAGAUUUUUUUUGGAGAAGCUGGGGGAACAAUUUGUCCACACUACUGGGUGAUGGACCUGACCAUCAACUGGCCAAUGGGAAUGUGGUGAGCAGAGGUCUCCCAACUCCCAGCACCAGGCAGGCCUCUCCAAGGUCCUCUUUGGUUCUAGGGGGAGGUCAGCUGUCUCAGGGACUGAUAACUGGGGAGCUGGACUGUAAUGGGAAAGGCCUGGUAGGGGGCACCCCCUCCUCUUCCCUGUCCACUUGCCACCCGGUUCCUUGGCACAGUGGACCGGCCACAGCUCUGUGGUGGCCCUUGAACAGGCUCAUCCCAACCCACACAAAAAGCACAAACACCUAGCAGCUCAGGCCAUGCCCACAAGGGGAAGCAGGUUGGGGAAGGCCUGGGUCCCCGCAGCCCUGACUCCGUGGCCUGAGAAAGAUGCUCAGAAUCAAUCCUCUGCCUCAGAGCCUUGGGGCCUCACAACUCUUUCCCAGCCCAGCUCGCCAACAUUCUAAAGCACAAACCUGAGGACCGUGCUUGCCUGGGCUGCACCCCGGGAAUGGGAGCCCCCAUCAGCUCUAAGCUGAAGCUAGCCAUAAGGGAUGGGGACCUGUGACCAGGAAGCAGGUCAACAGACCCUCAGGAGGAGAGAGAGCUGUUCCUGCCUGCCCAGGCCUCCCCCAUAAAGGGACCAUGUUCCCCAAUGGAACAUUCCCACAAAAUACAUUCCAUCAGCUGUAGCCCAGUCCCUGCUCAGGCCCAGCUCUGAGAGUCCAUGGGUGUUCCCCCAGAAGGCCAGCCCCAGGAUAAGGGAGGUCCUUAGAGGAAAGGCAAGGUGACAGUGGUCCCCAUACACAGGUGGACCCCCAUCUCAGGGCUGCACUGACCCCAUCUCCAUCCUGACUGGGGGCUCCCAUUACCCCAUCUAGAGACCAUCAGCUUUCCCUGGCUCAGGGACCUCCCCUACCCCAGCCUGGCCCUUCCCAAUGGGGUUCCUGUGCUUGUGAGAAGCCAAGGCCACAGGAGAAGGUUACCACUCUGACCCCACCCCCUAACCUCUGGCUGCACGCCCAACUAGGAGGGGUCUGCCCUCCUGGCAGGGACAUAGACUGGCCGCAUGUCUGCAUGGCAGAAGUGUCUCCCUUGGGUGCAGCCUGGGAGAGUGGUUCAUGUCUCAGCGCCCACCAAUAUCCAGUUCUAUAUAUUUUAAUAAAAUAAACUUGAUAAAGGAGA